AAAAUGCCACAAAAAAGUAAAAAUGUUUUUUUUUUUUUUGAAAAUCAACAAAAGAGUGAAGUGUAUGUAUGUACAUGAAAUUGACUGGAGGAUUAACUUGUAAAUAUAAUUUUUACAAAGUUGAGAUCUUUUAUGAGAACAGGGGUUGUAACUUGCAUAGAUAAAUACCGCAAAAAUUGGGGUUCGAAACCCAGGAUCUGAAUUGAUUCUUAAUUCGAUACUCAUAUUCUCUGUCAGCAUAAUAUAAGAAAGGGGUUUUCCUUUGAAACAAUGGCGGAAGAAGGAAAACCAGAUGCGCAUUUGUUUCAGCUUCUCUCUAGUCUACUCCAUCAGGUGGAAUCAUUGACCAACCAAGAGGAAGUUGAACUGCGUUCCAAAAUCGAAGCACUUGGAUUAGAGGUUACCAAGGUUCCCUCAAAGUCAACACGGCAUCUUGAUGAGCUAGAAAUAGCCAAGGAGUUGGAUAAAUUGUCAGCCAAGUUAGAUGAUGUAGAUGAGAUGAUAUCUUCAGCAAUGACUACAGAUCCUCAAGUGCAUUCCCUCUUGAGUGGCACAGCAGAUGUAUGGAUGCCGGUUAUCACAGCGACUGCCGAUGAACGGCGCAAUUUCACUGCAUCUAUUGAAAUUGACAGCCCAGGUGAUGCCCAAUUGAAAGGUUCUGACAAAUUGUAGUCAUCCUGCUCCAGGGUUUUCUUUUAAAGAUUGUUCUUUCAUGUAUGUUUGCCUUGUCUUCCUACAACCAACCAAUAUAUUCUUGUUUCUUUUUUAUUGAA